GCUGCUGCCUGAGGAUCGUGUGAGGAAAACCUCCUUUUAGCAGGAGACAGAUGUCUCUGUGGAGGAGGAAAGAUUUUGUGUUGGUGCUGUUCAGCCUGUGGCCUUUGUCUGCCGCCGUGGAGAUGGUGGACAGGAACACACCUGAACUCAGGUGCAGUCAGGGUUUGACUGACUGCCGCAUUAAGUCAGCCUCGCCGUACAGCCCUGCCCUGCCUGACCCAGACCACACCAUGGAUGUGACACACGUCGACCUGAAGGUGUUUCUGUGCUGUUCACAGACAUGUGAGCCCUGCCUGCAGGUCACCGUCACGGUCCAAGAUCAUUCCGAGGAGUCAGGUGACCACAGCGAUGAAGACCCGAGCCCAGGCGUGGAACUAAUGACAGAGGGAAGUGGACAAGGGUUGCAUUAUGCACCUGCAACUUUUUUGAAAGUGUGCCACAGCUUUCCAGGCUCCAUUGACUCCUGCAGAAUGCUCCAGUUUAGAGUCAACAACUCUCAGUCAGAGCAGACCACAUAUGAGCUGCUGUUGACAGAGAAAGUGAUGUUUGGCAGUCCUGUUGUGGUCCUGGUGUACGGACAGUCCAAGAACUCUCACAUCCGAAACAUAACAGUCCCGUCGUUACAAGAAGUUUGCUCCAUGAACUUAGAUGGGACUGUUGUGGAAUGUGAUGCUCCCAGGCUUCGAGCUGUGACUGAUCACAAGACAAACAACAUCCUCCUCCAACUGGACCACGAUGCUACCAACCAUGAUGGGAUCAUGUGCCAGAUAUUUUGGAAUGAAAUGCCUGGAAAGAUUCUGGAAUGGCCUAGAGGACAGAAAGAAAUGGUCAUUUUAUCCAGUUUUGUGGCACCGUGCCUCUGCUUCCAGGUAUGGUGGAAGGGAAAGGACCUCCGACGACAAUUCUGUCCCUUCAAAAAUCAACAAGAAGUACUGGAAAGAAUGCAGCGUAAUGUGUCUGUGUCAAUGGAGGAAGCUAAAAUACGAGGCGGCGGCACAGUGCUGAUCUGGAAUGUGACCGCCCCCUGCAGACUGGAGGCCGAAGUGUGGCUGUGCAAGAAAAAUUCUGUAUCGGGUCAGUGUGAGGAGGUGUCAGGGUCCAGACUGAGACUGCAUGACCAUGGAUAUGCUGGCUGGAGCCCAACACACACUGGACACCAGAAAACAGGAGAGUUUAAUGUGUCAUCGCACCCUCUGCUUUGUGUUCAGCUGAAAGUGCACGGGAUGGAAUCAUACGUGGGACCAUACUGUCCGUUUUCAACAUCUCGAUGGAGAUGGAGCCUGGCUGUACUAAUCGGAUUAGUACUGAUGUGUUUGGCCAUCCUUGGAAUCUACUUUGUACAGGCGGUUAUAAAAGGCUACAUAUGGAAAUGGUUGAAAGAAGAUGAUGUUAAAGGUGCUGUGGGUGGUGGCCAUGUGGUGCUGUUGUACCGACCUGAUGAUGACAAGGCUUUGGUAGGACUAGUGUGUCAACUCGGCUCCUCUCUCCAGGCCCUAGGCUUCAGUGUGUCCCUGGACCUGUGGAGCCAAGCUGAGCUCUGUGUUCUAGGUCCCGUCCCUUGGCUCCACUCACGACUGGACAGACUGAAAAGGCAAGGGGGCAAAGUGGUGCUCGUUCUGACAAAGGCAGCCUGGACAAGGGUGGAGGAAUGGAGAACCUGGAGCUGUGAGAGACACUUAUCCAAGGAGAAGAGGGGAGAAACCAAGGAAGACAAGGCCGGAAAAACCUACGGUGCCUCUUCCCCUUGCGUAGAUGUUUUCACCGCUUCAUUAAGCUGCAUUCUCGCAGACUACUUACAGGGCCGUGAAGGAGAGCGGUUUUUGUUAGUGCAGUUUGAAUCCCUUCCACCUGAGCCUCCGGGCGGCUGUUGCUCAUUGCCAGAGCUUUUCCGCGGCCUUCAUCUCUACAGCCUCCCUUCACAAAGCCUGGGUUUUCUGACUGAACUAGCUGGAGCGCGGCAAAUGGCUAAUGCUUCGGCUCGACGAAGACGGGCAGGGGGGCUUAGGAGAGCAUCUCGGAGACUAGCUCAAGGACUUUCUGGAUUUACAGCAGGGUCAACUGUAUUACUCCUUGCAGAGAUGUCCCAGAGUUGUGUCGGGAUAGGACUAGAGGACUCUGCAGAAACAGUGCCCUUGCAUUCAUGCCUCACUACGCCCUCCUCCAGCCCUGAGACAAACCCCAAGGUCAGUAAAAUGGAAUGGGUCUGAUACCUGCAGACGAAGCUUCAAGGGACACUACCAUGAGGACUUAGUAAUGAGAAGAAAACUUGAAGGAGCCUAAUAUUAUGGCAGAUGUCGCCUUUCAGCAUGUACUGUACAUUUGCUAAUUUUGAACAGUCCAACAUUGGGACGUAUUGUUGUGUUUUCCUAAAUAAAAUACCUGGAUUGUUACAACUUAACAGCCACCAUGGAUGAACAGAAAAAGCAAAGAGGACAAAAAAAUGGCACAUUCCAUACAGCAGGUAGCACCAAUAGUGUGGUUUUUGUAGCAGGUUUGCAAAAUUACCCAAACAAUUACAAUGGAGCAAAUUUCUCCAUUGUAAUUAAUCCUGUGUCGUAUUUAUAAAGUCCAAUUUAUGUUUUGCAUACACAUUAGAUUUGAAAUUCCUGCCAGAUGAGAAAAAAAAAAGAUAUUUAUGAGCUCAAAUGUGCAGUACUUAAUUGCUGUCUUCGUACAUUGUGACUUGUAUACAGUAUUUUCUCCAAGUAGGUCGGUAUUUGGAAGAAAAGUCUUCUUGCAAACAACAGAAGACAAACUAUUCAUUCAAGAUUAAAGAACAUGAGAUUGUUUCUAUUUUCUUGUUUGUACAGUGGUUAGUGCUUUCUGUCUGUGUUCACUGACCUUGUGUUCCCCAAUAGGGGGAUUGCAUACCUACCAUACUGGGUUUUGGAUGUGCAGGGAAUUGUGGGAAAUGCGUGCCUGCUGCUGAUGCACAGACACGCUCAGAAAGUAAAGAAGACU